GUAUGAUUCCGCGACACAUGUGGGAAUGACGUUGAAAUCGCUCCGACACAUGUCGCUGCGGUAAAAAUGCGUUAGCUCUGACUGAAAUUUGAAGAAUUAAUUUGGAAUAUUGUGGUUAUCCAAUGUUCGUGUUGCCCUCCUUGCAAAAAUGUUAUUAGAAGCGGUGGACGCGGAUGAAACGACUGUCUUUCAAGAGAUUGCCGCCUCUGUGCAGGUUCAGGUGGAGCCAGUGGGCCGCUGGUUCGAAGCAUACGUGAAGAGGAGAAACCGGACCGUGUCAACCUCCUUUCAGGAGUUGGAAGAGGAGGAGGAGUCCUCCGAGGAGUCGGAUGAUGAGGACUUUCAGUUGGAAGAGCAUCCCAUGCUCCGAUCGCUCGAUCCAAAAGACUGGAAGAAUCAAGACCACUACGCCGUCCUCGGUCUUCCGCACCUGAGAUACAAAGCCACUCAAAAACAGAUCAAAGCUGCCCACAAAGCCAUUGUGUUGAAGCACCAUCCGGACAAAAGGAAAGCUGCCGGCGAGCAGAUUUCGGAAGGCGACAAUGACUAUUUCACGUGCAUCACCAAAGCCAUCGAAACCCUGUCUGACCCCGUGAGACGGCGAGCCUUCGACAGCGUCGAUCCCACAUUUGAUAACGGCGUGCCCUCCAAGGGGGAAGGCAAAGAAAACUUCUUCCAGGUGUUUCCCGCCGUCUUUGAGAGGAAUUCCCAGUGGUCGACCAAAAAGCAUGCGCCCAGCAUCGGCACGACAGAGUCUUCCUUUGAAGAAGUGGACAAUUUCUACUCCUUUUGGUACAAUUUUGAUUCCUGGAGGGAAUUCUCAUACCUGGAUGAAGAGGAAAAGGACAAGGCUGAGUGUCGAGACGAGAGGAGAUGGAUCGAAAAGCAGAAUCGAGCUUCCAGAGCUCAGAGGAAGAAGGAGGAGAUGAUCAGAAUACGAACGCUAGUCGAUACGGCCUACAGUUGCGAUCCGAGGAUCAAGAGGUUCAAAGAGGAGGAGAAAGCCCGCAAGGAGUCCGAGAAGAAGGCAAAAGUCGAGGCCAAGAAGAAAGAGCAGGAAGAAAAGGAGCGAGCCCGCCAGGCCGAGAUGGAGGCGGCUCGUUUAGCCAAGGAAAAAGAAGACGAAGAAGCCAAGCAGGCCGCCCAGCUGGCCAAAAAGGAAAAAGACAUCCAGAAGAAAGCCAUAAAGAAGGAGAGGCAGAAGCUCCGAAUUUCCUGCAAGAACUGGAAUUACUUUGCGGACAGCGAGGCCGAAAAUGUGAAGAUGAUGGAAGAGGUGGAGAAGCUCUGUGACAGGCUCGAACUGGCGAGCCUGCAGAGCCUCAAUGAAAUCCUGGCCUCCGCUUCAAAGGAGGACAGCAAAGUGGCGGUCGAGAAGCAGGUGCAGGAGGUGAACGUGCAGCUUCAGAGGGAGCGGGACGCCGAGGUGCAGGCGAUGCAGGCCUCUCGCGGCGCCGAGCAGCCCGGCGGAGGCGGCGCAGCGGGCGGGGGUGGUGGUGGCGGGAAAGGUUGGAAUGAGGAAGACCUCCAAUUGCUCAUUAAGGCCGUCAACCUCUUCCCGGCUGGAACCAAUGCCAGAUGGGAAGUUAUUGCCAACUAUAUGAAUCUACACUCCACAAGCGGCAUGAAGAGGACAGCGAAAGACGUCAUCAACAAAGCCAAGAGUUUACAACGGCUUGAUCCAUUGCAGAAAGAUGACAUCAACAGAAAAGCCUUUGAGAAAUUCAAGAAGGAACACAACUCGGUGCCAGCCACCGUUGACAACGCGGUGCCGUCAGAGCGCUUCGAAGCUCCAGGUGGUGAUGGAAGCGCAGCCCCCUGGACCACGGAGGAACAGAAGCUUCUGGAGCAGGCCCUCAAGACGUUUCCGGUUAGCACACCUGAACGCUGGGACAAGAUUGCCGACGCUGUCCCCGGGCGAAACAAGAAAGACUGCAUGAAGCGCUACAAGGAACUGGUGGAGAUGGUAAAAGCCAAGAAAGCUGCACAAGAGCAAGUGGCAAGCAAGAGUAAAAAAUGACAACAGAGUCAAUUAUAGAAUCAUGAUUAUUAUUAGAAUGUUGUGUUGUUCUUUAAAAAACAAAAAAACAA